AGUGCCUGCGACCGCCAUGCUUGCGCUCGGCGAGGGCUGCUGGCAAGCCCACAGCGGCGGCUCGAGCUGCGAAAAGCCAAGCCCUCGACCCGGACUCGCCUUCGCGCCUACUCCCAAGACGCCCUAGGCCUUCUUUGUUUCUACGGGGAAUCGUGCCGUCGCCUUCGCAGCUCAGCUCGGGAAUUUAGGCCGUCGCUCUGAGAGAGGAGUUACACGCUGCAAUGCUGAGCUUCGGAGGUCACCGGUAAGGGGGCGGCCGAGCCUGCAAAGUGGUGGGGCGGCGGCGGCGGCGGCGGCGGGAGCGGGAGGCGGCCCUCCUCCUGCUGCGGCGAUGCCCUGAUCCAUGGUGCAGCUGCCCCAGGCCCCGGUCAGCCACAGCAAGGGGUCCUCAUCUUCGGUGUACCGGCGCUCUGUCGUCAACGUCUCGCUGCCCAACGCCGCCAACGCCGCCGGAGGCUGCGAGUCCUGGGAGGACGCGCAGCACAUCCUAUGGCAGGGCGCCCAGAUCUGCUUCGCGGCGGCGUUCCUGGUGCCGCACCGGUUCUCGCUGUCGUCGCUGGUGCUGCGUUGGCUGCUGACGCUGAGCUUCGCACUGACCAGCAUCUGGGCCGGCCUGGUGGUGUGCGCGCCCGACGUUCUCGCUUGGCACCUUACCUGCCUGCUGGUGAACGCGGCGCACGCGCUGCGCCUGGCCUGGCGAGCGCUGCCACCCCGAAUGCCGACGCACCUGAGAACCCUCUACGAGCGCAUGUUCCUGCCCUACCAGGUGAGCAAGAAUCGAUUCGUGGACCUGACACGUGCUGCCGAAGUGGUGCACCUGGCCGCCGAACGGAGGUACGCCACAGAGGGCGUCACCGCGGCCGACCAGCGGGUGUCCAUACUGCUAACCGGCAGGCUGCAAGUGACCUGCGAAGACGUAUUGCUCCACUACGUAGAACCCAACGAAUUCAUCGACUCUCCAGAAUACGAGUCCUGUCCUAUAGGUAGUGAUAAGUUAUUUCAGGUGACCAUCACGGCGCUGGAGCCGUGCACCUACCUGACGUGGCAGCGGCGGCGGCUGCAGCUGCUGCUGCGCGCCCACCCGGUGGUGUCGGCCGUGCUGCACAACCUGGUGGGCCGGGACAUCGCGAUCAAGCUCUACUCGCUCGCCGAGUUCCACCAGCUGGGCACCGACGGCGUGCCACUGCCCACGCGCGACGUCAGCCCCGACUGGGGCAAGCAGGUGCCUCGCAGCCUCAGCCUGGACGCCGUGUACACGGGCCCCGGAGGCAGGCUCCGGUCGACCGCGUGGCACGCGGCCCGCGAGGCCUCCCGGCGGGUUGUCGACGCCUCCCUCGCCUCCUCCUCGCAACUCUCCUACGCAACCGGCCGUGCCCCCGAGCCACCUCCAGUGCACACGAAGAGGAUCCGCCCCAGCCCGCGCCCUAGUCCGCGCCCGAGUCCGCGUGCAUCGCCUCGUCGCUCCUUGGUGCGGUGCGGCCGACGGGGUAAAGUGACCACCAGCCUGGUUCCCGCCGCCAUCGGCACCGUGUCUGAAACGCCGCUGUAGAGAAAGAACGCUUCGUGCACCCGCUGCAGCUGGUGUCGCUAUCGCUGCUUCGCUGCUGCUGCUGCUGCUUCAUGCUUCGAUAUAAGCAGCGCGCUUUCGUGCUUGUGUUCUGCUGAUGCUGGCUGGUGCUGCCUGAGCUUCCGGUGUGUGCCCGCGGCCGUCGUCGUGUGCGCAUAGUGCGGCUGGCUGUGAGCCCCGGAAGUGAUGUCGCCGUAGCUCCAGGUGAACCGUGCUCAAAACCGCAGUGAACGAAACGAAAAAGAAAAGCGGUCGCCCGUUUCUCCGGCCUUCGUCGCAUGGGUGGCGAGUGGCGUACGUGUUCGUCACUAAACAUCGCUCAGCGCUUUCCUUGUUUCUCUUUUUGUUCGAGUCACACGAUUCCACUGACUUUUUUUUUUUUUUUUUGCUUAUCUUCCAACGACAUAUCAUGAUUGCCACCGCUGCCAUUGUGGGUCGACUGCAUAUCUUCAGUAUAUCUCCAGAUGAAAACGGCAGUGUGCCAGCAGAGGCUAGCAGUGCAUGCCAAAAGGCAACAAAACCAUUCCGAUGUAUUGUUUAGAACUUGCAAACGCUCUGUAGAUACGUCGAUAACGUGGGAGCAAGGACUUACUAAGCGUAGCGUUCAAACCGCGAGCCAGCCUUUCCGCGCGAGAAAAGAAUGCAAGUGUUUCGGUAGUUGCUUCCACUGCGUCACCUGUGCACAUGGUGCCAGAUAGCGAGUCGAGUCGUACCCUUGUUGAUGUGGUGUGGAAGGUGUGCGCCUCCCACAGUGCUUGUCGAGCGCCAGUGAACCUAACACGAAGCCAACCGAGCAAGGGCAGGCGUUUUCAUUUUUCUUUUUAAGGCCUUACGCACUUUGUCAGCGCUGAGACCCGAUAACGUUGCAACCCUAUAGCAGCCGGAACCAAAAAAAUUAAUAACUUUUUUGUAGUAACAGCUCUCCAAGCGCUUGUAUGAGCACUUAGAGAGUUAAGACGUCAAUAUUACUGACACUUAAUUCAUGACUGCAUGUAAGUUUAAAGAAAAACAUUACUGUUUCGUAUCCGGCCACUUGCUCACGCAAACCCGCAUACUUUUGACGAUGUCGUGCGGGUAGAAUAAGAACGUUAUUUUAAAUUCACUAUGGUAACACAAACGCCACCGCCAUGACAUUGCACAAGAAGCGCAGCUGCAAACGUUUAAAACGCAACUAUGUAUCAUGUUCGUUUCUUUGUGCCGAACAGUUUAUUCUUCGUUACGUUGCAUUAUAGCUAUAUUUACAUGAGGCCAACAAAGACUGGUCAAGUCGGCUUGUCGGUCUGAAACCCGGCCAUCGGGUUCAUGUAAGCGCUAGCAGGUCGAGUCGAGUGGGCGUCGCCGCGAUUUCGGUCAAUCAUGGUCUGCAAGGGCUCCGUUGACUCGCCCAAUCCGCUCGGCUAGAAGCAUGUAAGCGAGGUCGAGUCGGGCUGGAUCAGCUCCACUUAUGACUCGACUGGCUUGCGUCGAGUUCGUGUAAACAAAGCUAUCGAAUACAGGAGAAAGUCCGCUAUGAAAAUAUCUUUAUAAGACGAGAACUUUCACUGCUUAUUUUGUUGCUCUCCGCAGCCCGCGAAAUACAAGUGCGACUAACUACAGAUGCGCUGACGCAUGUAUCCUUUUUUUUUGUCUUUAAAAAGAAGAAUGACAGACCGAACAAAUUCAAACAACUGUUUAAAUAAAGUUUCUAGUUAAAUGUUCAAAGGCUUUCAAGAACUGAACGAGCUCUACAGGCAGUGCCGCUGUAGAAUCGUCGCUACGCAAGCUCAGCCUAAGGCACUCACACUCUUGUCAUGAAACUGAGAGAGCCGAUCACUCGAUUUAGCGUUCAACUUCGACCAUAAACGCCUACAUAAUCAUAUAAAGCAUAAUCACAACAUAAACAUAAUCAGCGCAACAACAUCAAUACCAACAUAAUAAUCGAUGUAAAGUUUUUUUAAAUUUUUAUUAUCCGUGAAUAGGAUGUAACUCAAGAACAUUUAUAACCCUUUGCGGUUAAACAAAGCGCCACAAGAUGCCGCCAUCAGCGCUGAGGCUGUAAUGCGGCUGCAGUCCGCAUCUCCGGUGUUUCGGUAUUCCACAAAAGAUACUACCAAUACAAGAACCUAAAUCCUCCUAUACUGCGUUCUGAGGCGCUAUCACGUAAAGCCAUUCCAAACUUUUCCAUUCCAAUUCUGCAAUCAGCCCUCCGCGAUUGGACAAAAACUUUUUUGGACCCCCCCUACUUCCCCUGUCUUUCACGCAACGUAACGAAAACCGCGAUAGCUCCCCAUCUGAUAUGGUGUGUACACAAUAAUAAUAUAUGGGGUUUUACGUGCCAAAACCACUUUCUGAUUAUGAGGCACGCCGUAGUGGAGGACUCCGGAAAUUUCGACCACCUGGGGUUCUUUAACGUGCACCUAAAUCUAAGUACACGGGUGUUUUCGCAUUUCGCAUUUGGCCCCGUCGAAAUGCGGCCGCCGUGGCCGGGAUUCGAUCCCGCGACCUCGUGCUCAGCAGCCCAACACCAUAGCCACUGAGCAACCGCGGCGGGUGGUGUGUACACACUUCGCCCACUUCACCUGCCUGUCACGCGACGUCACAAAACCGCAAGAACUCACCGCGUCAAAGCGACGUGUGCGCGUUAAAAAUGCACUAAUAUGCCGAACAAAACUGAAUUUUCUUCUGAAUAGCCGCAGGCUGCCCCAUUCCGAAAGGAAUAAAAGAUGGCUGCCGCCGUUCACUCAGGCACUGGCUACUGGCAUGUGCCGGAGAGCACGGGUUUAUUUGCAUAUAUUAAACCUUCUUGCGUGGCCAUGUAACGUUUUCGAACACUUUCGGCACGCUUACGAUCUCGCUCUGCCAACUCUUCUUUGCUGAGGAUCCGUUUUAGCGAUAUUAGCCUUCUGUUGCAAGCCGCCGCGAUUUUCGACCAGCCACCGCAAGCUAAGCAAGGGAAAGUGGACCAAUGGCAGAUGGCAGCACCACCCUCUUCAUCCGGUUAUCUAUUUUUAGUACUCUGACUCAGCCGCAUCGAAACCCUCUCCAUUUGAGAGUGCUCCUCGCCUCCAGACAGCGUACUGCAAACGAAAAACCACUCGAUGUAGGCAAUGUUAUUCGCUUUGAAAGCAAGCAAAAGUGUCCUCCUAUAAACGAGCAGAGCGUUUGAUUGGGCUGCUCAGGCAACGCUGCGGGUCACCGCCCGAUGCUUGCGUCGGCGGUUACGCAAAUUUGACGUCAAGCGAUUGGAAUAAAACACAAUGGAAUAGUUUUACGUUAUAGAGCCCCUGGUUGUAGUCUACUGCGGUCAGCGAAAUUUUGGUUUGGCAUGCAAAAAGCCGGCGUUCCUUUGUGCUUCUUUUUUUGUAGUCGACUGACAGAAAAUAGAUAUGGCAGAAGGAGACAUUAAUCUUCGGUACAACCAAGAGCCGUGCCAUACAUACGCAUCGUCCUCCGUGGAUACUUUUGCACUAGGGUGUAGUCAUACGCCGAAAUCUCGCUCGGCAGGGCGUACCGACAGUAGUCUACCAUUCUCUGUUGCUGCCGUAGUUGCUAUAGGAGAAGCAAAGAACAUCGAAAUCAAUUGCGAAUUAAUUUCGAUGUUCUUUGCUUAGGCUGCUCUUGUUGUGCGACCUCGUGCGGACAGCUCAGUUUGCAUACUUCAUAGAUGCGCUAUAAGUUUUACUUCUAUAUAUUUUUUAUGUCACAGAGAUGGGGCAGCCACUGUUAGAUUCCGAGCAAGUGCCUCUCUCCCUGGCUUCAAGGCAAUUGAGUGAAAGUUGGAGACGGAUGCUACUCAUAAAGUUCCAACCUAUGACGCAAAAAAAAAAAAGACAGUGCAGUUUGCUUGUUUUUAAGUCUUCAUCUACGAACAUUCUUAUCCAUUUCAAAUUCAAAAUCAAUCAGGAAAGAGAGCGGAUUGAGGGAGGCGGCAUUGGGUCUGCACGUCUCAUCUUAGACUGGAUUCACGAGUUGGUUCCUUCAGCUGCACACGCGUGUGCCUGAUGUCAUAGUACAUUGAGACAAUAUAUAUAAAGGAGAACGGGGUCUGGUAGGGGCGAGGGUAGCUCAGUACUCGGCAGCGAAUUCUAAGUCUCCAGGAAGAAAUAAAGGAAACGGGGUGCUUCAGUGAGCCGUGACGUUUUCUCUGAAGGUAGCUGGGACAGUUUUCAGCUUCGGUAGCCGAUAGUUUUCUGCACAUCAGCAAACAACAUAGACACAGUGGCAUGAGGACGAGCACGGCACAGUGCUGAAGUAGCGACAAAAUUUAUGUUCGACUUGGGGCACAAGUGUAAACCGUGAAUAAGAAUGUUUAAAAAUAAGGAUGCUCAUACACAUAUAUGUGCAGCCUCCUUUGACCAAUACUGUUGAGAAAGUAAUCUUUUUUUGUAAUCGUUUGUUAAGGCGACUGAUAGGCCAAUCACAGAACCGCCGCGGUAGCUUAGUGGCUUUGCGUUGCUAAGCUUAAGGUCGCGGGUUCGAUCCCGGCCGCAGCGGCUGCCUUUCGUUGGGGGGCGAAAUGCGUUCGUGUACUUUGAUUGAAAGAGAGGAAAAAAAAAAAACGUUCGUGAACUUUAAGUGAAAGUUAAAGAAGCACAGGUGGUCAAAGUUAACCCGUAAUACCUAACUACGGCGUGCCUUCUAAAUAUAUCGUGGUUUUGUAACGUAAAACCACAGAAUUUAAUCUAAAUUUUUAUGGCCGAACACACACUGCUCGCUGUUUUCUUCAAUGGCAAAGUCGUCUGAUACGUCACACGCCAUUUUAUCACAUUUCUUGUGGUUUCGGCAGCUUCAAUAACAAUAUUAUGCAAUUAAAUGACGAAUUACAUUUGCCUUGUCAACCAUUGUUGGUAUAGCCCAGGAUUGUGUCGUGUUGUUUCUGGUGCGUUAGCACCUACGUUGUUUGCUGAUUCAAAGAGAAGAAGCGGAACAGAGCGGGCUGGGUCGUCGUCAUACGAGGGAAUAUACGAUUUACUGAAGUAACUGUUUACAAAAAGCAUCGUUUUUUUAUUAUUGUUAUUAUCUGUGUGUGACGCACGUUUCAAGUGAGGUGAAGUGUGCGAACCUCACUGAAGAAUCUAACGGCAUGUGAACACCCCGCUCAGACAAUCUCAGCGGCACCACGUGGUGACGUGAUUGCUCUAUAACGCCCGUGUCAGAACCAGAUGUGAGUUUAGAGAGUGCGUGUGCGUGUUUUGUCUGAACUGAGGUUGUGAAAGUCGUAGCUUGAUUAGAUAACUUAUCUCUCUUUUCUUUCUUCUUAUGGUAGUGCAACGUAGUAAAUCGAAGUAAAGACGGGUGUAGUGCGCGUUCUUUCUUUUUCAUUUUUCGGUAGAGUUUGACUUUUUACCAAGUCAAGUUUGUUUGCUGUUCAUACAGCAGUAGUAGUCAAUAAGAAGAAACGCAAGCAAAUCACGUGACUAACCAAGAAAAGUAGGGACAUCCGCGGUGAUGUGAUUAUGUUUCACAAAAUAUUUUCCCGAAACGGGACUUUUAGCCGUCUUUCAUGUGACUAUGCGAGACAGAAAAAUUAUUUUCAUUACCGCCAUUUAAUCCUCUCAAAUCUCUUUCUUUCGACCUGCUGCAAUACCACCGUUAAACAAAUGGCGGUAGAGCAAAAGGAACUUCGAAGACUUGCACGAAUGAAAAUGAUUAAGCUACGCAUAAAAAUUGUCAGUCCCAUCAAAAGAUUCGCUCCAUAUUUUUAUUUGUUUAUUGUUUGCUUCAGCUCAGUGCGAAUGAUUCAGCCAGCCUUCUUGUUUCACAACGCCAGCGUGCAAACAGAAAGAAAGAAAGAAAAAAGAAAGAAAGAGAGAAAGAAAGAAAGAAAGAACAUGAGUAGAAGUGUUCUGGAGUAGAUGUAGAUGCGUCGGAAGAUAUGCAAAGAACACGCGCUAAGCGAACGAAUCCGUCUGCUGCGAACGUUUCGAAAACCAAACUCGUCUUCGCCAUACGCUGUACCUACACCUGUCAUGCUUGACGUGGUUUGCUAGAACGCUGUAUACAUAGGGAAGAGAAGAUGAACAUACUGCAUGAGAAAUUUAUACUUUAGACAUAGGUGGUCUUGUCACAACAAUAGAAAACGACGCCCAACAAUUGUAUUUUUCGCAAAAACUUAUUUGGCCUUUUUUUAUCACAUCCGCCUUUUUUUUUUUUACAAGACGCAAUGACUCGAUUAGUUUCACAGCGACAAACCGCGCGUUUUCAUAUGUACGUCAGACGACAUAUUCACAAAAAAAGCGUCGCGACGUUCGCUUCUUUAAUCACACUUUAGCAUGGAACGGAACGCACGAACUUCGCUUCGUGCCAGCCGAUAGCACAUUUGCUUGCUCGCCGCACUAGAUCUGCACUGCUUUCCUGACAAUUUCUGCACAAUUCUGCAAGAACGCCUGCCUCAGGCACGUGGAAAGAAACGUGCAUAGAGGGGUGUCUAUGCUGUAAACACCCCCCUUUCUCGCACUUAUCAGUUCUUUAGAGUUCCGUUAACAUCCUUUAUGAGUAGAAAAAUAAAUGUAUCUGGAUUUUACAGCUCUAAGUAGGAUAAGAUAAGAUAUCCUUCUACGAUGGCGCGUACCACUGUGGGGACUUCGCCAAGAUUUGGAUGGACAAAAUGGCUUCUUUUUCUUUCUCGUUCUCUCUGUCGAACACGGAUCCCCUAGACUGUAUUAGGCACUCCGAGAUACAUGGUGCGUGCUCUAAUCAGCACUUAACGCACGCAGCAAUCACCUUCGCUCUGGCACAAUUCUGAAACUUGGCAUCAUUUAUUUGGUCAAUUCAUACGACGCAAGCAAAUGGGAGAGGAAGAAUAAAGAUCCAAGAAUACGUCGGAGAUGCUACGGAUAGCAUGAAAACACCAUAAAGAAGAGGGAAAACAAAACGGUAACGCGGUGAGGCUAAGCAGUCGUGGUGAAAUUGCCGACGGUAUUCGAAAUGAUAUGGAUACUGCCGAAUUUGCCGUCUGUGUGUAAACCAUACGUUUUAAUUAAAAAAAGAAAAUACGUCGGUCUCUUUGAAGAGAGUCUAGCUCCAUAGCAUUUGCAGAAUUAGCACCACCCUGCCUCAUUUUCUCUCUCAUCCUCCCCUUAACCGUCGGCUUCCUGACCGAUUCCCCGUAGAGGGGAAGAACCACGGAACAAGAAGCAAGCAAGGAAGCAAGUAGUUGUGAUAACAUGCGCAUUGCAUUGUGUUCUACCGGAGUCAUCAAUUGAGAGAAAGAGAACACAAGGAAGCCAUUCACGCUCGUGUAAAUCUGCUCACACGCAAAAAAAUAAUAGAUCCACGAAGACAUCUUCCAUGUGGUGCCUUGCCUAUCAGCUUAUGUUCGACAGAGUUAGUAAGCGUUUGAAAGAUCUUUAGGAAGUGUCUGAAACUUAUCGAGACACACUUCACAUAAUCGGCCUGUCCGUAUAGGGCGUACCCGCAGAUUCUUAUGAUUAAAAUUAUAUUUCUAGACUUUGCACAUGUACAUAAUCUGCCUAAGUGAUCCUGUUAUUGUGUAGUUUAGAGGCAGUCCUACAUGCACAAAACAAUAUCCCAAGUGCUCGUAGACAUUUCCAGUUCCAUCACGCGCCUUCAUGCGCACGUUCUAUAGGCCUUUUCUUUCUUAUUUUUUUUAAACAGCAUGGACACAACAGCAUUGUCAUCCUUGUGCGAGAUGCUUUCCCGCGCGUUCGGCAUGCUCCAUCGGUUUAGAAGCAUGCGUUUUUGUGCUCUGCGAAAUCACCGCAAGUGAAGCCCCGAGUGGCCCGACAGAUAUCAGGUUGACUCUAUUCGUUAUAAACAACGAUUUUAUUGGCGAUAAGCCGAGCGUCAUGAUGCGAGAACAAAAGCACAACAAAAGGAUUGCAGGCGGCGAAUAACACACGGGACGGGUAACGUCCGGUCUUAAAUUCUUUUCUCCCUCUUUUUUGUCGUCUACCAACUAGCACGUUUCGCACAUCUGUUGCGAUAGAGAUGGCAUAGAAGAGUAAGAAGUGACAAUAUCGGUGCAUGCUUUCUUACACACUUAGUGAUGCCGUGUUUCGUAAUUAUCGUGCAGUUCUACUCGUUAAGUGUUUAAGCAUACCCGUACAAUAGCUGCAACUUCUCUACCGAAAAGCAGGAGCUACUGUUUAACGUCUUAGCCAAUAGAACCUUAAGUGUACGCGUACGGCAACACUUCCAAUGGUAAACCACCCUCCCGAAAAUUCCGCGCUAAAAUAUAUAUACAGGGAAGAAUUUCUCCACUCAACAAAUUAUUUCAUGUGCUUAGAAUAUUUUUUACCUUUCCUAAAUGGUUGUGCGUCGCCUUUGAAUUUCUCACUUUCUCAAUAAUUCGCCCACACAUAGACCGAAGGAAAUAUGCUUUUUUGUUAACCUUCGCUCACACAUUUUAUCGACUUUGUUUGUCCGGAACAAAUUGUCUACAAGAAAUUAGGCUGGCGUGUGAGAGACUAGUAGUCUACAAUAAUUUUUUUGUAGUGUCUCGGAUAAUUAUUCGGCAUGACACUGUCAGAAAAGCUAGUGAACAGCUCCCGACCGUGGCUCCCAGGGGUCUAUUGUAUUUAUUGCUAUUUGUAUCAGCGACCGACUGUCGCCUUUCGGGGUCGAGUGCGAACCACAACGGUUCGGGACGAGGGCAGAGCUUCUUACAAGAGGGGCUUCAGAGCGGUAGCGUCAUGUAGGAGGGACCUUAGCGACAGCAAUGGCAGUCUGUCGCGGUUACCGUGUUCACCAAUCGUCACCUUUGUCCCCCCCCCCCCCCCCUUUCUCUCCAUGUAGCCGUGACCCAAGAAGAACCGGAGAGAAGGAAGAGAGUCAAGGUGGUCGCUGCGGCAGGAGCCGCCAAUGUAGAGGCAUAGCCUCUAUGUAUGGGCCUAACGCAGCCAACACCCUGGUUCUGCAGAGACUCGACGACGUGAUUCCGUGCGCUUCGCGCUACUUAGUCCCUCUGGAACAACAUGUGUUGCUCUUGUGCCUGCGUUCCUCUCCAGUAUAUGCCUCGUGAAGCCGCUUGGUUUGCUGAUACGAAAAGGAAAACGCCAAAAGGGCCGCUUCUAGAAGCAGUGCUCGGUGUUUACGCGCUCGUAAGUUGUGCGUGCGUUGCGACGAGCAGUUGCUGCGUGCAGCCUUACGCGACCAAGACGGCUGGAGCACGACACACGUUUGGCAAUAGCAAAUGGCAACUUCACUCGAGCGAUGGCAACGAGUACACAGAAGUGUGUUGAUGUUAUCGCGACUGUCAUGUCGGUGAACUAAUGGCAGGGUGAAUAGUGGCUCCUUAACUCGAGCUGCUUAGCUCAAUCAGCGCUGAAGAAGUUGUGAAUGACGUCAAAACAUGGCGUACGUGAUGUCACGUGCAAGAAAUUUGCACAGAGGCUUUCUUUGGCGCUCCUACCUGGGGUCAGUGCAAGUAAAAGAAGUAGGGUCAUGCGCUGAUGCCCGCUUUUUAGUAACUAAUUAAAGUAAUUAAGUAAUUUAGUAACUUGCAUUAAAAUGUGCAUUCUCUAAAAAAAAGAACUCGUGAGUGUGUCCUAAAACUUUCAACCACAGCGUAAAGCAUUCGCCCAGGUCAUUUGCACAAGUGAAGCAACGGUUCUGACCAAAUUCGAAACCGACGCCAGCGCCGCCGGAUUACAGUGUACUCACUAGCUGCAGCUUUUGUAGCACGGAAGACAACCGCGAAGCACAUCGAGUUAUUCGGCAAAAGUGUACGUAAAGAUUAGAUGCGCGAAGAUUUGCACGUUAAAACAUAAGACGGGAUGGGUGGUUCCCAUUCACGAUGACGUGGCGGAGGCAAAUGUGCAACAUCAGGCGCACGCAUAAGGAUCUCGCUGAAAAAAGUGUUUGCUAUUUUUUGCCUCCUCCGGCAAUACGUGCUUCUUUCGUUGUCGUAUGCUCCUGUCGUGCUGUACGUGUUGGGGUUCACGCAGUAACGGGUCGCAUACUUAGGAAGAGGCAUAUUUAUUAACAAGCUAAAUGCUACGAAGCGCAUGUAAGACAAGAAAGUGCUGUAAUCUCUGGAUUAUUACUCCGCCUCAAUACAAGGUAUAUACCUCUUUCCCAAAAUAAUUUUUCGAAGAAACAAAUCUCUACGAAACAUUUAGGAUAUGUUCAAACGCAAGCAUCACAUUUUUCUGGUCGCUGUGCCCGAGAUAAAUCGUGGCUACUUAGAAUCGAGUAACUGCAGCGCUUGUGCUUUGAACCAUCCGACGCAAGUCUUAAAACGUGGACAAUCCUGCAAAGCACGCCGACCUUUUAAAAAUAGCAUAAUCAAACAUAACCAAAAGAAACGGCCACUUGAUUUACAGAAGCAAUAUAGCCUUGACCGGCGAGACUGCAGUUAAUAGGAUCAGUAAAAGCCCUGGGGCGUCUGUGUAACCUGCGCACACGCUUUCCACUGAAGCGGCCCUUUUUCGCACAACUGUGGUAAAACGUGCGAGAUGAAACUUGAGAUGCGUUUGCGCUGUUUCAUGGUUCUCUACCGCUCAGCGAAACGAAAUUACACUCGCAUCGCAUACGAAUAUGCUUGUAAACAUUAGACGCAGCGUACGUUCAGGGUUUUAUACAGGCUAGUUACCAAUUAACAUUAAAGGCAUCACAGGUGCUCAUGUCUGAACACACAUGUCGCGUGUCAAACAACAUUUUGUCGUAGAAACUUCAAGUGCGAUACGUAUAAGAUUAGCGCGACUUAUAAAUGUUCAUAUCGUACCAAGGAUUGAAAGUAGCGCUCCACUUCUCAUAGCACAAAACCAUGCACAAGCAUUACGUGACACUGUUUCAAUUUAACUCGAGCCGUCCGCGGAAGCAGCAGCUCACACGAUGAGUAAUUGCGAAGCGAUCACUAUUUCGCCACAUGCUUUUCUUUGCAAUGCCGUAAAUGUGUUCCUUCACCUAUACACCGGUGGUUGUGGUAGAUCGCAGGGCGCUCUCGCUGCUCUCAGAGCGGUUAGUCGUUGUCACACUGCAGUUAUUGUGACUCUGUUAAGGGGACCGAGAACCGUUUUCUCAAGAUUGCCAUUGAAGUAGGCGACGUUCCUUCGGCGAAAGGACAAUGUUCGCCCUUGAUGGUGGGUGAUAAUUGAAUAGACACGUUAAAUUCUUUUAAAGAAAGAAAGAAAAGAAGUGGGUGGGUGGGUUGGCGGAGAGUCGGGAUUGCUGGGAAUUUGGAGUCACUGUCACUGUAAUAAUUCACAAAUGCCUACUUCCAAUAGCAACCUUAAAAACCACUCCAGGGUCUCCUUAACUUGUGUAACCAGUGUCGCCAACUUGCGUUUUGAUGAACAUGAUUAUGACUGCUGGCCACAAAUAGCUUACAGCACGGCUGUUUUUGACUGCCUUUUAAGUGCAGAACAUUUCAAGCGCGCAGGCAUUUUUUUUCUUUUUUUGAAAGCUUGGACAGGAGCAAAUUUCCUGCUGCAUUGAGUGAAACCGUAGCACCAUGCUGACUGCAGCGUUGAGUACGAGUGUUUCAGACGCCCACGCGACAGAUUUCAUCCGAGAUUCAUUAAUUACACCACACCCUCAGAAGCGCUUCUCCGAUUGCUGUAAAAAAAGAGAGGCCCGCUGUGGCCGUUAUCUCCCGCCUGCUUUUGGAAGCCGCGCCUUGCGACUGCGCUCGGCGAGCUUUUUAUUCUUGUACCACGAACGUAUUUUUGCGUUUCUGCGAGCAAUGCUUCCUGUGUGUACAAAGUUCCGAAUUUCUGUGUAUAUACCAUGUACAUUGUUUUUUGUAUGUUUGUACAUAACCAUAGCCGGGCGGCAGUGAGCUAGGAUAGUUACUGAAAUGAACAAUAAAGCGUGACUGAAAGCAUGUGACAGCUGGA